UUUCUAGGUGAAGAAGAUUAAAAUGGACCUUCAAAAAGCUGCAACCAUUCCUGUUGGUCAGAUCUCCUCCAUCGCAGGGUCUCACCUGCGUGAAAUCUUUGAAAAAAUCAAUAAUCUGCUGUUGGGUAAACAAAUAUCAUCAGGUGGGAAGAUGGUGGCAAUUUCUCAACACCCACAAGGGAAGGAUUUUGUCUGUUACAAACUAGCAGAAAAAUUUGUGAAACAAGGGGAGGAAGAAGUGGCAUCUCACCAUGAAGCUGCAUUUCCAAUAGCAGUGGUUGCUUCAGGCAUCUGGGAGUUUCACCCGAAGGUUGGAGAUCUUUUCUUGGCCCACUUGCACCGAAAGUGCCCCUACGCAGUACCGUUUUUCCCUUCAUGGAAAGACGGACAACCAAAAGAAGAAUACCAAAGGUUACUGGGGUAUCGAGUGCUGGACAAUGGUGUUGAGCAGCAGGACAACUUUCUGAAGCGGAUGUCUGGCAUGAUUCGUCUGUAUGCAGCAAUUAUACUGUUAAGAUGGCCAUAUGGAUCAAAGCAAGCAGAGCAUCCUCAUGGGCUGAAUCACGCUUGGCACUGGCUGGCUCAGAUGUUGAACAUGGAACCAUUGGCUGACAUUACCGCAACACUGCUGUAUGACUUCUUAGAGGUUUGUGGCAAUGCCUUGAUGAAGAAGUACCAGAACCAGUUCUGGAAGAUGAUCAUCCUGAUCAAGAACGACUACUUUCCCAGGAUUGAAGCAGUUACAGGCACUGGGCAGGUUGGGGCUGUGAUCAGGCUGCGCCAGUUCCUGGAGAAUUGCUUGAAGCAAAAAGACUUUCCUCUGCCAAAGGGUUACUUGCAUCCUGCAUUCUGGAGAUCAUGACCAUCUAAAGGAUACAUUAAAAAGCCAAGGAAAUCACAGCUGCUCGAGUCAAAGUCACUUCUUAAAAUUUUAUAGUUACAUUAAACACAAGGUUUAAUUUUGGUGGGUUCAUUGGGCCUUUUACUGUUUAAUUAUUGGCUUUGUGCUGUCUCCUUGGUGCUGAUUGUCUUCGUGCAGUGUAAAAAAAGUUAUGUAGUUCUCUAAACCGUAAAAAUGACUCAUUGGGUAUUUAGGAUGUCGCUGUUUCUGAACUGACCUGUGAUGCUUUGGUUGUUGACUGGUUUUUGUUUAUAUUUAUUAUAACGCUAUAUGGAGCUGAUCUUGUUUAUCAUGAAGUGAAACAAUUGAUGUCCACCUUAAUUAUAAAUUAAAUCAUUGAGUACAGUGUAAUGAAAACUAAGGACUGAUACACAGUAGCUGUUUUGUACAGUUCAGUGGAUUGAAGGAAACCUGGUAUAGUGCUGCAUGUUUAAACUUUAUGAAGAGAUAAUGACAUCUUACCUGUGUCCUUCUAUUGGACAUUAUUAAUGUCACUAGUGGACCAAUAUGUGAACUGCAAAAUACUCUCCUUUUGUUUAAGCGAAGUGUCUGUUUCAUUUUCUUUUGAAAAGGUUUGUCUUUGUAAAGUAGCAUUCCACCUCUUCCUGCCCAGCCAUUAAAUAUGAGCAGUUUGGAGGUGGGGAGGGAAAAAGCCACACAAUGUUUUCCACCAAUAGCACUCUUCUGAUACAGAGGAGAAUCACAUGUCUUUGAUAUUCCAAUACCACUGCCCUACCCCCAUAUCCCCUUUCACUGAAUACUGUUUGGGGAGCUUGGCAGGUAGAUGAUUGUUGUGUUUAUUGGCUUCUACCUCCACCCCUUCUUGCUAUCUUUAUCAGUAGGGUAAGAGAAUAAUCCUUUGCUUGGAGCCACUACAAACAAGGGAGCUGAAAACUUGAAUACGAUUAUGAAGUUUUGUUUGGUCACUUUCUGGCCGUGACACGUUAAGCAGCAGUUCACAUCUCUCUGGGCCUUUUGAUGUUGUAUACUAGUAUUUUUGGUCUAGAUUGCCCUCUAUUUUAUUUCCUUUAUCUGGCCCUAUCUCACAUUCUCCUCCUCUUUUCUCACUCAUGCACACUGAAUACCCUUAGAAUCUCCUAAGCUGGAAAUUGCUGCCAAUACUGAACCUCUUGAUUGCAUUGUAUUUACAGCAAAGAAACAGGCCAUUUGGCUCAACAGACUCUUGCUGGUAUUCAUGCAUCUCACAAUCCUACAUCUUACCUAUCAACAUAUCUUUCUGUUACUUUAUCACUUACAUUUAACUAGUUUUACCUUAAAUGCAUCUAUACUAUUCACCUCAAGUAUUACCUGUCAUGCCAAGUUCCACAUUCUGGCCACACUCUGACAAAAUAAAUUUCUCCCCAAUCCCUUUAGGAUUUAUCAGUGACCAUCUCAUGUUUAUAGCCCUUAGUUCUGAUUUCAUCUGUAAAUGGAAAAAUAUUUUCUACAUUUACCCUAUCUAACCCUGAAGUUUAAAGAGCUCUGUCAGGUUACAUGUCUACUCUCUCUAGUGGAGAAAAUGCGAUCAAACAUAUUUUUAUCCAAAAUAAAAUUAAAAAUUUUAGAUACCACUUUUUAAAAAUUUUUUUAAAGGUUAAAAUAGAUUUACAGAAACUGAAGGUAGGUAUGAAACAUGAGUCUGAUUCAUAUGUAACUAGAGAAUAUUUAUUUUUGUGACAAAAUUCUCAAAUAAACAAAAUAGAAUUCUAUUUGUAAAUAAUUAUUGAAUAGGCUGUUGACCACUCGAAGGAAGUGAAUGGAAACCUUGAAUAAAUUAUGAGUGUGUUGAGGUGUUGUACUUUGGCUAUGCAGGGUAGAGUAUGAUACCCUGUUCAAAGAGAAUUGCACUUGUUCAGAAAUGAGCUGUUUUGACCUAGCACUAGAAAAUUAGGUGCUAAACUGCAACAAUAACUGAGAUUUACCUUUAAGGGUCACUUCUCAACCAGGACUGUGAGAGUGGUGACCCAAAGCAGGCAGGAAACACAGCACAUUAUCUGCUAAAUAUCACACGUGUAGCCCUAAAGACCACAGGAAAGAUAGUGAUGAGAAAUAACCGAGAAAUUUAUGAAUACUUGAUUCCCAAGCAUUCGUAGGCUCACUUCACUGUUAAUGGCACCAUUUAAGGUCCUGUCUAGUGUUACCACCUUUUUCUGUGAAGAAAGUUAAAUUCAGUAGAAAUAAUGUAAACUUCCCUAAAUGUGGGGUGAUUUUUGUUUAGAAGGAUCUGUCAAUAUGUGGACAUCUUUAUCAACUACUCCAAUGCACCAUGAGUUCAUUCUAAGGCAGUUAAUAAUGGGCUUGGCCUUCUUGUGCAUUAGCCUUCCCCCUACUAGCACAGACUAAGGAUGUUCCUAAAUUCAAUCCCGUAACUCACUUGGGGUCAGGAAUGGCACACUACAAUUGACCUCUGCUUUCCUGGGAUAGGCAUGAAGGGGACACUGCUGUAAAGUAUGAGUCGGUGUGAAAUAAAUGACAUCAACUGCUCAUGGAA